AUGUGAAAUGUGUUUACUUCGAGUAGAGACACAAAGAAACCCCCAAGGCUUCCAUUGAUAGCUUUGGAUAGCUAGGAAAUAUGUCGCAGAGAGACUCACAGGUCAUGACAUGCAAAGCGGCGGUGUGUUGGGGAAUUGGGGAAGCAGUGAAGGUGGAAGAGAUACAAGUAGAUCCACCAAAAUCAACUGAAGUUCGUAUCAAAAUCCUCUAUGCUAGUUUGUGUCAUACGGACAUCUUAUGCAGCAAAGGGUUCCCAAUUCCUGUUUUCCCUCGAGUUCUAGGUCAUGAAGGUGUUGGUAAAUUAUGCAAUUGCAGUGUGGUAGAGAGUGUGGGUGAGGAAGUAAGAGGUCUAAAAGGAGGAGAUCUUGUAAUUCCAACCUUCAUUGGUGAGUGCCAAGAGUGUGAGAAUUGCUUGUCAGGAAAGACCAACUUGUGCCUCAAACACCCUGUGCCCUUCAGUGGCCUGAUGCCUGAUAACACUUCAAGAAUGUCUAUCAAGGGCCAGAGGCUGUACCAUGCUUUUAGUUGCUCGACAUGGUCUGAGUACACGGUUGUUGACGCUGAUUACGUUUUGAAGCUCGAGCCAGGUAUUACUCUUCCACAUGCUAGCUUCAUCUCAUGUGGAUUUUCUACUGGAUUUGGGGGUGCAUGGAAGGAAGCUGAGGUUGAAAAAGGAUCUACUGUGGCUGUUUUUGGUCUUGGUGCUGUUGGAUUAGGGGUCCUAGAGGGGGCUAGAAUGCAAGGGGCAGCCAAGAUAAUUGGCAUUGACAAAAAUGAGAGGAAAAGAAUAAAGGGACAAGCUUUUGGAAUGACUGACUUUAUAAACCCUAACGAAUAUGAUAAAUCUAUUUCUGAGCUGGUCAAAGAGUUAACUAGUGGAAUGGGCGUGGAUUAUUGCUUUGAGUGCACCGGAGUCGCACCCUUGGUCAAUGAAGCUCUCCUCGCAACAAAAAUGGGAAAGGGACAAACAAUAAUAAUCGGCGAAGGAAAUCAUGCAACGGUGGAGAUCAAUUUCAUUCGCCUCGUGUUUGGCGGAAAUUUGAAGGGGUCCAUUUUUGGAGGGAUCAAAGUCAAAACUGACCUUCCUAUUAUAAUCGAAAAAUGCAAAAAUAAGGAAAUCCAUCUUGAUGAACUUAUGACCCAUGAAGUUUCAUUGGAAGAUAUACAUAAAGCAUUUGAGCUUUUGGAUCAACCUGAUUGUGUGAAGGUUCUUAUCAAGCUUUGAGAUCUUGGUAAUAACAAGAGUGUUUGAAAAUCCGCCCCUCGUCAAGUGAAAACGCUACUUGGCUUGUUGUCGUAUGCUAUAUAUAAAAGCAGAAGCCUUCAAGUGAAUAGCUUAGAAUUGUAAUAAGCAGCCGUCUAAAAUGCUGACAAGUGUCAUUUAAGUUAAACACUGUAAAUAUGCUCAAGUGAAUCGUGCGUUUAUGGUAAUAUCCGACGAUGUAUUAAUGGCAGGAAGCAUAUAUAUAAGCACUAAUCUAUAUCAA